AUGAAUGACGUCAUCAAAGUGGCCACAUUACACGAUUGUGAUGAUAACUCCGAUCGUGAUGCAAUCAGAUUCGAUCCCACGUGGCGACACAGUCUAUACGGCUGCAUGACCAUUGAAGUACUACGUGAUAUGUUCAAGUUUAACAUUUCAUAUGUACCUAUUAAACCAAAUAUGGAGUCAUAUGCAUUAUUACUUUUACGUAAUGACUCUGUAGAUAUCUACACAAGACCGAUAAGUAUUAGAGGAGAGAUUUUGGAUAAUGUAUUUCCAUUACAAGCUAUUUUCUCAUGGCGGAUUGGAUUUCUUCUGCGGCGACAAUACGAAAUACAGGUAUUGAGUGAUUUCUAUUGGCAACCAUUCUCGUCACUUCUAUGGUUUUCCUUGUUUAUAAUGUCAUUUCCAGUGGAAACAGUGUUCAGAUCUCGCCGUAUAGGAUACUUUACUUUCCUUCUGUUCUCCUUCAUCGUGUACUCGUAUUAUACAUCCAACCUGCUCUCACGCCUUGUGAUAGACGAGGACUACGAUAUGGAUCUAGAAACUUUGGGGGAAAGCGAUUAUAAGUGUGUUUUGUUGGAAAAUAUUGUACGAGGACAUGGAAAUACGACAGAUUGCGAAACUGCCCUCUCUCUCGAUUUUGGGACGUUAGAGCGGAUAAAUGUAUCCGUCGGAUUAGAAGCAGUGAGGUCUAACAAAACCGCUCUACUUUCUGACUUCACGACGGUUUAUAGCGAAAUCCAUAAAAAAUUCAAUAACAAGGAAAUAUGCGAACUCAUAGAAGUAGAUGUUUUAUCGAAUCUAAAGAAAUAUAUCGUAUCUUCUAAGAAUUUUAGAUAUAAAGAACUUUUCAAAGUCGGUAUAUCACGACUUCAUGAAUUGGGUCUAAUCAAUCGAUUUACAUUGCGUCAGACACUUCAGAACACGUUGUCAGAUUGUCUAGGCACAACACCCAUCAGCCUCGAUUUCACACACGUAUCCAGUCCGUAUUUCCUCUUAGGAUUCUCUUAUGUUUUGUCAAUUAUAAUAAUGCUAGGAGAAAGAUGUUAUUUCAACCGAAACAGACUAUGGCCGUAUCUAAAUUAA